UCCUAUUUUAUAUUUUAUUUUUCCAAAAACGACUUGAGGCUUAAAAGGACUAAUUUUCACGCUCUUUUCCCUCCUCAUCUUCCCAAAAUCUCAAAAUUGGCGCAAUCGCGUGAACCCUAGAAACCGCCAUCUUCAUCCUCGAGGGAAAACCUAAAAGCUUAAGCGCAACGCAAUGGCCUCCGGCGCUGCAACCAGUGUCGUUCCGGCGAACCGUGCCAGAAGGGGCGGUGGCUCGGCGUUGGACGACAAGCUCGACUUCGUCACGACGGAGGGAAUAGAGCCGAUUCUGAGCUUCGACCAGAUGGGAAUAAAGGACGAUCUACUCCGAGGAAUCUACGGCUAUGGCUUCGAGAAGCCCUCCGCCAUCCAGCAGAGAGCCGUCAGGCCGAUCAUCGAGGGCCGCGACGUCAUUGCCCAGGCCCAGUCCGGUACCGGAAAGACCUCCAUGAUUGCUCUUACCGUCUGUCAGCUUGUCGAUACUUCCACCAGAGAGGUUCAAGCAUUGAUCUUGUCACCGACAAGGGAAUUGGCGACUCAGACUGAGAAAGUAAUACUUGCAAUUGGCAGUUACAUAAAUAUACAAGCUCACUCAUGCAUUGGAGGGAAAAGUGUUGGUGAGGAUAUAAGGCAACUAGAAUAUGGAGUUCAUGUGGUGUCUGGAACUCCUGGAAGAGUAUGUGACAUGAUCAAGAGGAGAACACUACGUACCAGAGCCAUUAAAUUACUUAUUCUUGAUGAAUCUGAUGAAAUGUUGAGCAGAGGAUUCAAGGAUCAGAUUUACGAUGUGUACCGAUAUCUUCCACCAGAGCUUCAGGUUGUCUUGAUUUCUGCCACCCUUCCACAUGAAAUCCUUGAGAUAACAAAUAAAUUUAUGACUGAUCCUGUGAGGAUUCUCGUUAAACGUGAUGAAUUGACAUUGGAGGGAAUCAAGCAAUUUUUUGUUGCAGUUGAAAGAGAGGAGUGGAAAUUUGAUACUCUAUGUGAUCUUUAUGAUACACUUACAAUUACGCAAGCUGUUAUCUUCUGUAAUACAAAACGAAAGGUGGAUUGGCUCACGGAAAAGAUGCGUAGCAAUAAUUUUACUGUAUCAGCGAUGCAUGGAGACAUGCCUCAAAAAGAAAGAGAUGCAAUUAUGGGAGAGUUUCGGGAUGGUACGACCCGUGUCUUGAUCACAACAGAUGUUUGGGCCCGGGGCCUUGAUGUCCAACAGGUUUCCUUAGUUAUCAAUUAUGACCUUCCAAACAAUCGAGAGCUCUACAUUCACCGUAUUGGCCGUUCUGGUCGUUUUGGGCGCAAGGGUGUUGCAAUAAACUUCGUUAAGAGUGAUGAUAUCAAGAUUUUGAGAGACAUUGAACAGUAUUAUAGUACCCAGAUCGAUGAAAUGCCCAUGAAUGUUGCCGAUCUGAUAUAAGACGUGCUGCCAUUAUGUGUGCGUGUGCAAGUGAAGUGCGACGGCUUUCUGCGAAAAGGCAAUCUUGUGCAGCUACUAUGGUUUCUUUUUCUUUUUAAUUAAUUUUUGCGAUGAAUUUGUACACUAGCAGGAGUUCAACUAGAGUUUCUUGGCUAUGCUGACAAACUAAAAAAGUAGAAUUGUUUUUGUUGAUAAGAUUUCUUUCUUGAUGGAUGGUUUUAUUGUAUUUAAUUUAACGUUGAAGUCAAAGUUUUUAAGGCAGUUGUGCCAAAACAUUUUGUACCUUAUCUAAUUCGACAUUUGCUCAACUGUCGUUUGACUCGUUGAUCACAUAUUUGGCA